CUAAAGUAAAUGUCAAAAACCAAAAUCACUCAAAAAAUACCUAUUUCGGUUAGCAUUUAGCAAUGUUUGGAAAUCUACUGAUUUAUAAUUAAUCUAGGAAAUGGUGUUUAUAUAAAUAAGAACUAAAUAUUAUUGUGUAGUAAGAGAUAAACGUCAAUUAAAAUCUUAGACAUGGCUGAAAGUACAAAUCAAGUAUCUCCCUUGGGUGAACCAAAGGACUUGUUAAACGAUGCGAGCAAAAGACAAAGCGAUAUUGAUUUAGAUGAAGAAAUAUCAGCGAGAAUGACUGCGUCUUAUAGUGAAAUCUCUUUUCACUCUGACCAAGGACAAGCAGAGGAACAGGAAAGAGUUGCGGGCCCAUCUAGACCUUAUGACUUGCCAUCAGAGAAUAGGAAACAAGAGAAGCUACCCUUAGACAUAGAUGGACACGUCAGAUAUGAAGGAGACAUGACCCAUUAUGUAGCAGAUGAUUUAGAAUUCAAAAUAAAACUAUCAAGUCCUAUAGCGAAAAGAGGUGAAACUCCAGUGUUUGGUAGUUCCAGUGCCUCUCGUUCUAGUACACCUUCAGGAAAAUUGUAUAAACAAAUAUUAGCUCCUCAGAUUGGUCAAAUAGACAUAACAGUAUUACAUGACCUGGAGUAUGAAGCACAGAGGAUUGCACAAUCUGUAGACAAUUUAAUUGAAAACCUGUCUAGUAUACUGCACUCUAAUUCAUCAUUGACUGCAGAAAACAUGGAGGUUUAUAAAGAUGCUGUUGGUAAAACCUGUGAUGCAAUGGAUAAUAAUAUAAAGAGCAUGUACACAAUUCUUGCUAAAGGCGAGGAGGUGUCCCAAGCUAUGAUUCCUGUACAGGCGCAGGCAGCCAGAAUAGCAGAAAUAAAGAGACUUCUACAACUGUUUGAGGAUAAGUUCUAAUUAUAAACCAGUUACCUAAUGUGUAUUAUAAUUACUUAAGUAUUAAUAUAUAGGAAUUAUACCAAAAAACAA